CUGAAAUCUGAAAAUGCAGCAUACACGUCGGCCUCGUGAAAUAUUCCGUGCGUUUUCAACGACUCCCAAAAUGCACGACUCUCGAGCCGUGAUGAAGUUAAAGAAGAUCCAAGCCGAUUACCAAUGCGAAGACGGGCGCCCGAUAUAUCUGAAAGGGGGAUUCUUCGAUCGCAUCCUCUAUACGUCUACGCUCGUGCUCUGCUUCGUUGGUUUCUGUUCUACUUGUGCCACUAUAUACGAUCUGGCUAAACCACCAUCUUGGAAAACUAAAGCUUGUUAACAGUUUCAAACACUGUUAUGUCUUCGAAUUUACCUUGUUAUUUAGCAUCUAAUAUUUUAUUUGAAAAAAAUGUUUACCAAAAUUAAAAUGAUUCAGAUUAAUUGAAAUAUAAUUGAUUUAUUAAUUGGCGCAUAUUUAGGUACACUACUGUAGUUUUGUGCGUAAUAAUACUAUAGGAUAC